AUGAAAUCCGUUCUCUUCUUCGCGACAGCGGCGGCCGCCGCCGGUCCUUACCUCGCCUGGACCGCCGACUCGUUCACCAAGCACGAGAUCGACAACAAGAAGCCUUACCACUACACCAAGGCCGUCCUCUACGAUGGCUUCGAGGCCGCCAUCGAGCUCACCAAGGACGACGCCCUCGUCGACUGGUACCGCGGCCGCAUCGACAACCUCGUCGUCCAGGCCAAUGGCAGCAUCCUGAACUGGAAGCCCACCACCUACUCCCUAGACGAGUACCGCAUCGGCAAUAACAUUCUCUGGUGGUACGAGCGCACCGGCGAGGAGAAGUACAAGACCGCCGCCAAGAUCAUCCGCGAGCAGCUGGACCGCCACCCUCGCACCGACGAGGGCGGCUUCUUCCACCGCAGCCCCGACUAUGCCUACCAGAUGUGGCUUGACGGCAUCUUCAUGGCCGACAGCUUCUACGCCAAGUGGACCUCCCUCUUCGACAAGGAUAACGUCACUGCCUGGAACGACAUUGUCAACCAGUUCGACGUAAUUGACGCCCACACUCGUAACUACACCACCGGUCUCCUCUACCACGGCUUCGACGAGAAGAAGAAGGCCGUCUGGGCCAACCCGGUCACCGGCGCAUCCCCCCUCACCUGGUCCCGCGCCGUCGGCUGGUACGCCGUCGCCCUCCUCGAGGUCAUUGAGCUCCUGCCCCGCGGCCACCCCGGCGUCGCCACCCUCUCAAAGUACUUCAUCACCCUUGCCGAGGGCCUGAAGAACGCCCAGGACAAGACAGGCGGCUGGUGGCUCAUCAUGGACUCCCCCUACGUCGGCCGUCCCGGUAACUACAUCGAGUCCUCCGCCUCCGCCCUCUUCGUCUUCUCCUGGCUCAAGGGCAUCCGCCUCGGCCUCCUCCCCGAGCGCCGCUUCUUCUCCGUCGCCGCCAAGGGCUACCAGGAGCUCACCACCUUUGUCGUCGAGAACGCCAACGGUACCCUCAACUGGAACGGCACCGUCGAGGUCGGCUCCCUCAAGAGCAACGCCAGCUUCGAGUACUACACCUCCGUCCCUAUCGCCAUGAACGACUACAAGGGCGUCGGCCCCUGGAUGUUCGCCUCGUACGAGUGGGAAACCUUCAACAAGACCUCCACCGGCGGCGGCAACCGUCCCCGCGGCCCCAGCCGUGGUGGCCCCCAAGGUCCCCGUGGCCCCCGUGGUCCUCGCACCUUCAACCGCCGCUACCACUUUUAG